AGUAGUCCCAGAAUAAUCUGUAAUACCCUGCAAUUGAUUUAAACCUAGUUCCUGAGCCUAACUUUUCCAAAUUUGAUGUUUCAAUUUUAAAAUUUAAAUUUUAAGUUAUGGCGACGACGGGACGUCAUCUCUCACGAUCUCUUGUGUACCUGCUAAGACAGUCCAGAUGGAACCGAUUGCUCUUGCAGACCCACACAAACUUGCACCCCGUAUCCGUUUACUCAGGUCAGCCUCGAGUGCUUAGCAGCAAAUCCAAUGUAGACGAUGGUUGUGGUUACAGAAAGAAGGGAAAGAAGUCAAAUUGCACAUCUUAUAAGAAAAAUCCCUGUAUCGAAGGUGAUCAGCCGCCGGAAAUGGAAACUCCCGAGCCAGUUAACAACCAGUUGAGGAUGCAAAAGAGAAGAAAAUUCAUGGAGGAAAAGAAGUGUAAAGAUUUGUCGGAGGCUUCAGAUUCCAAGUGCGAUUGUGACCCAUGCUCAUCUAACUCAAAGCCAGUUUUGAUCAAGGGAAGGCGUAAAGUCCGAAUUUCAAUGUGCUGGGACAAAGCCAACGGCUGUUUGCUGUACCUUUCGAAGCUAAAAGAAUCUGGAACGGGUAUUUCUCCCGGUCCCACAUACCUUAAUCACCAUCGAUCGUUUUGCAAAAAGGUCGAUGAGAAUAAAUGUCAGAUCAAACAGGACGAGGAGGAUGACUGCGUUUUUGAGCCUCUGCCAAAGCCGAAUACUCCUAAAUGUACAAGGAUAUCCAGGAAGCGAAAACAUUUACUCGAACUGAAGAAUAAGGCGGCCGAAGCUAAAGCUGUUAGGAAACCGGAAACGGAAACGGAAUCUUCUGUAAAAAACCUCGACGCAACUGUUGAGGCAUUAAAGCACAGUUGCAUGCUAGCAUCCCAGAAGAAGGAUUGUGAGCAGAAGCAGUACAAGGCCCUUUGUGAAGAAUUGAGGACUUCUGAAUCGCAAGAUGACCCCAAAUCUGUAGAUAGCCUGGUGAAGUGCAUGCUAGCUGGAAUAAGAAAAGCCUGUGCCGUUCACGCCCAGAAGAUGGUCUGCCAGCAAAAGUACGCCAAGGAAAUUGCCGCUGCAGAAGCUGCAAAGAAGGAAAAGGAAAAACGGGAGGGAAAGCCAAUAGAUUGUGAAAAAGUCGAAGAGGCGGAGGUCGAAGUGCAAAAUGGCCGGAUGAGUGAGGCCGAAAAGAAAAAGGCCCAAGAUGAAGUCGAGCUCAGCCGAAUACUUGCAGAAAUUAAAGCCAAGUGCAAAAAGCGGCGCGAAGAAGCCGAACUUGAAAAGAAACGUGAAGAGGAAGAAAGAAUGAAGAAAUGCGAAGAAGCCGAGCGUAAAAGGUGCGUAGAAGCUGAGCGUAAAAAUAAAUGCGAGGAGGAAGCGGCCAAAAAGAAAUGUGAAGGAGCUGCGGCCAAAAAGAAAUGUAAGGAAGCAGCGGCCAAGAAGAAAUGUGAAGAAGCUGCGGCAAAAGAAAAAUGCGAAGAAGCAGCGGCCAAGAAGAAAUGUGAGGAAGCAACAGCCAAAAAGAAAUGUGAAGAGGCGGCCAAAAAGAAAUGCCAAGAGCCUGCGGCCAAAAUGAAAUGUGAUGUAGCUGCCACACAAAAGAAAAAGUGUGAAGAACCCGACCAGAAGAAGAAAUGUGAAGAAGCCCAGAAGAAGAAGAAGAAAUUUGAAGGGGCAGAGAUAAAGAAAAAAUGUGAGGAAGCUGAAAUAAAAAAAAAUGUUAGGAAGUCGAGAAAAAGAUAAAAAUGUAAUGAAGCCGAAAAAAGACGAAAUGUGGCCGAGUUUAAGCAAAAUGCGGUGAUCUGAAAAAAAAAAGCUUAAGGGCACAAACUGCGAUGCAAAGGAGUACAAAAAAGUAAAUUAGGGGUUCCGUUAAAGUUAAGGCUUACGGAGAAGUGAAAGAUGGUGUCCCUGGAUGAAGACAUGCUAACGGCUGGGUUCUUACUGUAAUAUUUUUUUAACAAGAUUAAAUAAAAUUUCAUAUUGAAAUCUGAGAGAAAAGUGCCGAAACUCUAAAACAGAAACUUGGCAAGAACGCGCACGAAUCCAUGCCAAAAUAAAGUCAAAAACU